AUGGAAAAUAAAAAAGAAUCUUCAUUGUUAUAUAUUUUAACAGGUGCAACAAGUGGACUUUUAGCAGAUUCAAUUAUGCAUCCAGUUGACACAGUUAGAGCAAGAGUUCAAAUAGAAAAAGUUGGAAAAUCACAAUAUAAAGGUACAUUUAAUGCAUUAAAUCAAAUUAUAAAGAAUGAAGGAGUUAGUUAUCUUUAUAAAGGAUUUCCAAUUGUAGCAACAGCAACAGUACCAGCACAUGCAUUAUAUUUUUUAGGAUAUGAAUAUAGUAAACAAUGGGUAACCGAUCGAUAUGGUAAGAAAUGGGGUGAGAGUACUAUUACACAUUUUUCAGCAGGAUUUGUAGCGGAUGCAUUAGGAUCAUUAAUUUGGGUACCAAUGGAUAUCAUUAAACAGAGAUUACAAGUUCAAACCAAUACACAAAAAUUAAAUCCGAAUCAAACCUAUUAUAAAGGUAGUUUUCAUGCAGGUAAAAUAAUAUUACAAGAAGAGGGUAUCAGAGGAUUAUAUCGUGGAUUUAUGCCAGCAUUAGCAACGUAUGGACCAUUUGUUGGAAUUUAUUUCUCAGUUUAUGAAAAAUGUAAAUCAACCAUCUCUUCAUUACUAUCAAAAGAAAAAGACCAAUACCUACCAAUACCAUAUCAAUUAGGUUCUGGUUUCUUUGCUGGUGCAUUUGCUGCCGCUGUCACUUGUCCUUUAGAUGUCAUUAAAACUAGAAUUCAAGUACAACGUUCAACUGAAAAACAAAUUUAUAAAGGUAUGUGGGAUUCAUUUAAAACAAUCUUAAAAGAAGAAGGUCCAAAAGCAUUUGUAAAAGGUAUGGGCGCUAGAAUUUGGUGGAUUGCUCCUGGUAACGCUUUAACAAUUGCAUCUUAUGAACAAUUAAAAUAUUUAUUUAAAGAUUUAAUUUAA